AUGGGUGUAAGUACAUCUCGCCGAAGCAUUUGAGAUACGGCCGGAGACGUCCCUGGAUUUGCGCCGGCUCUGGAGACCGCCUGCGGCACCGGAUCGCAAAACUCCUCCAGACGUAUCCCAAAAUGCUCUGCAAACUCCCAUGCACAUGCCGCAACGUUAUAAAGACACUCUAACGCGUGGAAUAGAUCGAUCUCGAUAAGCACCACGUGAACUCCGGGCACCGCAAGGUUAGAUUUGAGCAGAUUGAGUGAUUCUCUGCGAGUCUAGGUCUCUAACAGAGGUCCAGGCGCCACACAGCACCAACCCGUACAGGAAGCUGUUGCACAAGCUGUACACCUUCUUGGACCGCCGAACGGACAGCAACUUCAACGCUACCGUUCUGAGGAGGUGCGUGAAGAGACGAUGUAAGCACAUGGAUACUCCGAGUUAGAGCGCUAACUCGAGAUAGACUGCGCAUGUCGCGCAUCAACACCCCACCAAUCUCCCUCUCCAAGAUCGUCGCUGUCUCUGCCAACAAGCACAGCGCCGAGGCCUACGAGGGCAAGAUCCGUGCCGUGGUCGGAACCGUCACCGACGACAACCGUCUCCUCGAAGUCCCGAAGUUGAGCGUCUGCGCCCUCCGCUUCACCGCCACUGCCCGCGCUCGCAUCGAGAAGGCUGGCGGCGAGUGCAUCACCUUCGACCAGCUCGCCCAGCGCGCCCCAACUGGCUCCAACGUCAUCCUUCUCCGUGGUCCAAAGAACGCUCGCGAGGCUGUCAAGCACUUCGGCUUCGGUCCUCACAAGCACAAGGCAAGUCCACCCACAAAGUCCUCGUAAAGAGCAGCAUACUGACUACCGUCCAGAAGCCAUACAUCGAGAGCAAGGGCCGCAAGUUCGAGAAGGCCCGUGGUCGUCGCCGAUCUCGUGGUUUCAAGGUCUAA